GAAAAUGCCGCAAAAGUUUCAAUAGAAUCACAUCCAUUUGGUUUGGACGACAUUUUAAUAAAAAUCGGACAAUUCGGAAAGUUUCAGCUUCGAGUUUAUUGCCUUUCAUUUGCUUUGGUGAUAUUUCAUGCAAUUCUUAAAUACGAGUUUAUUUUUACUGCAAGUACAGUCGUUUAUAGGUGUCGAGUUCCAGAAUGUGAUGAUGGAUUAGAAAGUUCAUACGAAAAACCGUGGGUACCAUUUUCAAUACCAAAGGCUUCAAGCGGUCAACUCGAUAAGUGCCACCGAUUUAAAACAUUUAACUCAACCAUCGAUGAUGGAUCUGGACAGAAUUCUUGUCACGCAGGAAGCUUUAAUCAAUCUUCCCGAAUAGAUUGUGGAGAGGAUUUUAUAUUUCGAGAUGAGGAAGUGACAGUUUCCAAUGACGUAAGUUUGCUUUAUUUCGACCAGAUUUGUUGAUAUUUAUGUUUUAAGCAAAGUUCAAAGUGUUUUGUACCGACGAAUGGAAACUUGCAAUGGUUGGGACUAUAAACAAUUUUGGACAGUUUCUAGGCAUACCUCUAGGCGGGUACCUUUCCGACAGGUAUGGCCGCAGUACAGUGAUGGCAUGGGGAAGUGCUUUGAGUACGGUCAUGGGAAUUCUUCGAUCCUUCUCACCGAAUUAUUACAUUUUCGUCCUUCUCGGUUUCUUGGAUAACUUAUUUGGUUCAGCCAUCUUUGGAAUAGCGUUCGUGCUUGCCCUAGAAUUUGUAGGCCCCAGCAUUCGGGUACAUGCUUGUACUUUGGUCCCCAUGUUUAACAGCCUAGGCCGUGUUCUACUCGCAUACGUAGUUAAAAGCUUCCAUAAUUGGCGUGUGGUUGAGCGAAUUUUUUACAUUCCUGCCUUGGGAUUUCUGUCACUCUCCUGGGUACUUCCCGAAAGUGUUCGAUGGUUAUUGUCUCGAGAAGAAGAAGAAAAAGCAAUACAAAUUCUACGAAAAGCUGCAAAGAUCAACAAACGUAAGCUAUCAGAUGCCAGUAUUGAAAAAUUACUUCAGGCCAAUAGGAAAAACCUAUUGGGUAUCGAUUCAAAAGCUCAAAAAUUUUCCAUUGGCGAUGCAUUCAGAGCGUUUCCCUGGCGAAUUAUGAAUAUUUCCUUAUGUUGGUUCACAAAUGUUUUCACAUUCCUGGGACUUAGUUUGAAUUUGGGACUGCUCGGCGGAAAUAAGUACGACAAUUUUAUGUAUUUGUCGUUUAUUGAAAUCCCAGGAAUUUGGCUGCCAGCUGUCACAAUGAAUCGUUAUGGAAGGAAGGCUUCGCAAUGUGGAUAUUUGUUUUUGAGUGGAGUCAGUAUUAUGGCAAUGAAUUUUUGCGCUUCAGCCUCAAAUGAUAGUCUUCGAUUGAUAUUGUAUCUUCUUGGAAAAAUGUCAAUCACUGCUUCGUUUCAAGUAUUGUAUAUCUUCACCUCGGAAAUAUUUCCAACGAAUUCCCGAAGCACUUUGGGGUCGUUUUGUUCCAUGAUUGGACGAUUUGGAGCAAUGGUAGCUCCUCAAACACCACUUUUGGCAAAAUACUACACUUCAGCACCGGCAAUCCUGUUUGCAUGCAGUGCCUUCUUAUCGGGCUCUUUGGUCUUAUUUCUUCCAGAAACAAACAACACUGUCUUGCCGACAACUUUACAGGACGCCCAAAAAAUUGGUCAGAAAGAAAUAAAUGUCAAACCUGAAACAGAUACAGAAUUAGAAAUACAGGAGAAGUUAUUAACGUCCAAAGCCUAAAACUACUCUUAUAUCAAA